AUGCCUCCAUAUCGAGGCUUUAGGCCGCUACUGGCAGUGAGCUCUCGAGCAUGCAAAGCUACCUCGUGCGCACCAAGAAGAGAAUUGAGCAGUCUCAUUAAUUCUGCGGCACAAGCACCCCAAAGUUCACGUCUGUCGACACAGCAGCGAUAUGCCCAGCCACAGCACCAAUGUCGCUCAACACCCUUGUCAGGUCUGGUGAGAUGCUCGGGACAAUCGACAACCGUCUCUCCACGUCGAGCUGCCUCGUCGUCCACUUCGGCAUCUGAGAAAGAACUCAAGCGCACGCCGCUGUACGACUUGCACACGUCGCUCGGCGCGAAAAUGGUGCCGUUUGCCAACUACGCCAUGCCACUGGAAUAUCCCGACCUAUCGCACCGGGAAUCGCACCUGUGGACGCGGACGAACGCAUCCAUCUUCGAUGUGUCGCACAUGGUCCAGCACAGACUGUCCGGCGAACUGGCCGAGGAAUUCCUGAUGACCAUCACGCCCAGCGCGAUCGACGAAAUCGAGAAGCACCACUCGACCCUGUCGUGCCUGCUGAACAAGAACGGCGGCAUCGUCGACGACACCGUCAUCACGCGGAUCGGCAAGGACAGCUUCUACUUCGUGACCAACGCCGGCUGUCGCGAGGGAGACCUGGCCUUCAUUGAAUCCGAGAUGGACGAGUUCCUGAAAUCAAAGGGCAACCCCAUGGACAAGAUCAACUGGCACAUUCUGGACCAUCACGCGCUGGUCGCCCUGCAAGGGCCCGCGGCCGCGUCGGUGCUUCAAUCUUUGGUCUACAACGACACCGAGGACGAGAACUACGACACCUCGCUCGACACGCUCUACUUUGGCACCAAUCGCUGGUUGCAGUUGACGCUGCCCGAGUCAGGCAUGAACACCCCGUCCCUGCUCAUCAGCCGCACGGGCUACACGGGCGAGGACGGGUUCGAGAUCUCGAUCCCACCCGAGAAUGGCGACGCCACGGAACUGGCCACUUCAAUCGCAAAGGCCCUCACCGCCGAUUCUUCCAAGGUUCGCUGGGCGGGUCUGGGCGCCCGCGAUUCCCUCCGCUUGGAGGCCGGCAUGUGUCUCUACGGCCACGAUCUCAAUGACACAAUCACUCCGCCCGUGGCCUCCCUGGGCUGGCUGGUGGGCAAGUCCCGCCGAGUCGAGAACCCCACGCCGCCGUUCAAUGGCCAUGAAAUCAUUAAUAAGCAACUGGCGUCCCCCAAAACCAUGCCUGAGCGCCGUGUCGGGUUUCUCGUGGAGAAGGGCCCGGCGGCACGGGAGGGGGCAGAAAUCGUUGAUCUCGAACAUGACAACGAGGUGAUCGGGCACGUUACCUCGGGUCUCCCUAGUCCCAGCAUGGACGGGCAGAACAUUGCCAUGGGUUACGUGAAGAAUGGCUUCCACAAGAAGGGUACAAAGGUUGGAAUCAAGGUCAGGAAGAACGUGAGGAAGGCUGAGGUGGCCAAGAUGCCGUUUGUGGAGUCCAAGUUCUAUCGACCGUGA